AUAUGUGAGCCCGCGACUAAAAAUACCAUGUGCAUAUAUCAACUUAUUCCAUAUGCAGAUUCAGACAAAAGGUCAAUUAUAAGAAAGUAAAUGGGAAGUCAAUUAUUUAUGGGACUGGUGUUAAAACCGAAUCCCGGGCAGUACUUGUGGGUAGUCAGAGCGGGACGAUCGUUGAACGAUCGACUUCCAGGGAUGUCGAGGAGGGUCGGCUUGUAAACCGACAAUCGCACAGGUGGUUGGAGCAGGAGAGAGUGAGAGCGAGGACGGUAAACGGUUGAAUAGUGGGGAGCUUCAAUUCAAGCUUCAAGGCCUUCAGUUAUCAAGAACGAAGAUAGGAACUUCAGUCGACAGCCGUCUCCCGUCAGGGCCGGCCACGCGAAACCAACAGGGCCGAAAUGAAGUUCGCCGAACACCUCGCCGCGCACAUCACGCCCGAAUGGAGGAAGCAGUACAUCAACUAUGAGGAAAUGAAGGCGAUGUUGUACAUCGCGGUGGAAGAGGCGCCUUCAGCAGAAUCAGCAGAUCCAAAUGAAAUCACAAGGCAUUUCAAGAAUUUCGAUGAAGUCUUUAUCCACUACUGUGAUAAAGAGUUAAAAAAAAUUAAUACAUUCUACUCUGAAAAGUUGGCGGAGGCGCAGAGGAAGUUUGCCACACUCAGAAGCGAGCUAUCAAAUUCACGUCACCACCACAAUGGAAAGCUGAAGGGUAGCGAAAAAAUAAUGGACAUGAUGAAACAGGGGACGAAGAACUUGCCAGCUCGGAAGCUGCAAGAGCUCAAACUGGCUUUCAGUGAAUUUUAUCUCAGCCUUAUCCUACUCCAAAAUUAUCAAAACCUGAAUUUCACCGGGUUUAGAAAAAUUUUGAAGAAACAUGACAAACUUUUAAAUGUGUCUGUUGGUGCCAAGUUUCGAGAGGAGCAUGUUGAAGCUUCUCAUUUUUUUACAAAUACUGACAUUGUGGGGUUAAUAAAUGAAGUUGAAACGACUGUGACAAACGAACUCGAGGAUGGUGAUAGGCAAAGAGCGAUGAAGAGGCUCAGAGUUCCGCCCCUAGGGGAGAAACAGACUCCUUGGACCACUUUCAAAGUAGGCCUAUUCUCUGGGUCUUUUAUUGUUCUAUUCUGUGGAGUUGUUUUAUCAGCAACAUUUCAUUCAGUUGAGAGCGAAGACUUAAAAACUGCAUUUAAGCUUUAUCGGGGACCGCUGUUGAUAAUUGAAUUUUUGUUUCUAAUUGGAGUUAAUGUUUAUGGUUGGCGGUCCUCAGGGGUCAACCAUGUACUUAUUUUUGAACUAGACCCUAGAAAUCACCUUUCUGAACAGGAUUUAAUGGAAGUGGCUGCAAUCAUGGGUGUGAUUUGGACAUUAAAUUUACUGACGUUUUUGUACAGUCCUUCUCUUAGCAUACCACCGUACUUUAAUCCUCUGGCACUCGUUAUUAUCAUGGCACUGUUCUUGAUGAAUCCGCUUAAAAUGUUCCGGCACGAAGCAAGAUUUUGGGCUCUAAGAGUUACUUGGAGAUGCAUCGCUGCCCCGUUUUAUCAUGUAGGGUUCGCAGACUUUUGGCUUGCUGAUCAGUUUAACAGUUUGGUUACGGUUUUCUUAGACAUCCACUUUACAUUUUGCUUUUAUUUCACUAGUGGCGAUAUUCUAGGGCCAAAAGGUGGAGAUAGUUGUUCAGGGAUGAUCGCAAUUAUCACAAAGGGCCUUGUCAACUGCAUUCCAGCUUGGAUGCGUUUUGCUCAAUGUCUAAGACGUUAUAGAGACUCAAAGGAAGCAUUUCCUCAUCUUGUAAAUGCUGGAAAGUACUCGACAACAUUUUUUGUCGUUAUUUUCAACACACUGAAGUCUAUUUAUAAAGAUGACUAUCUUCCUGAUGAUAUCAACCCUUACGAGUACCUCUGGGUGGCUGCAAAUGUAAUCAGCACGAUUUACGCAUACACUUGGGACAUUAAAAUGGAUUGGGGUUUAAUGGAUUCGAAUGCUGGUGAAAAUAAAUUUCUGAGAGAAGAAAUUGUUUAUUCAAGCAAAAGUUUUUACUAUUUUGCAAUUAUUGAAGACCUCAUACUUCGAUUCAGUUGGGCUAUUUCCUAUAUCCUAACUGAAAAUGGAUGGAUUGGCGGAGAACUCAUGACUUCAGUGACUGCCCCACUUGAAGUGUUUAGGAGAUUUGUAUGGAAUUUUUUCCGUCUUGAGAAUGAACAUCUUAACAACUGUGGUAAAUUCAGAGCGGUGCGAGAUAUAUCAGUUGCACCUCUUGACGCCUCUGAUCACACGCAGAUAUUAAAGAUGAUGGACGAUGAUGAUGGUGUUUCAAAUAGAAAUCUUAAGAAGAAACUUGGUAAAAAGACUCCUAAAGAAGAUAAACGGCCGCUUAUUUCCAAACAAAAUUCAAUGGCUGAUUCUGUAUCCAUAAAUAUUUCUCCACGAUUGGAGAGACGAAUUUUUUCUAUGCCCAAGAAUCAUCGGUAGCUAGGUUAAAAACAAGAUUGCCUUAUUGAAACUAACAAUAUAUGCAUGAAAGGAUAUAAUUUCUUUUUUGCAAUUUGCAAUCAUUGUCUCUCAUUGUUAGUUUCUAACUAAACAUUUUAUUGUCAAAAUAUCACUGAAAAAUUAGUUCCCAUGAACAUUGUAAAGGUUCCAAACAAAAAUAUUGCCAGUAGAGAAUUAACUUGUUCAUUAAAAAAAAGGUUACUUAAUUACUUGAAAUUUCAAAAUAAUUAUUUUUAAAAUUGCCAUCGGCCUAAUGAAGAUAUUUUGUGAUAAACGUUAGAUCAAGGAAGUGAUAGUAGUUUAAGUAAAUGACUAUUUUUAUAUUAUAUAAUUAUUUAUUUCUACAAAUUUUGUAUAUUGCUAUUUUCAUAAAUCAUAUUCAUUUUGAUGCACUAAACAAAAAACACCAAGAAACGAAAUUUAUUUAACUUUCCAUUGUCAACUUAUAAUUGUGAUACAUCAUUGAUAUUAUCUAUCAAACAGAAAUACGAUGUAAGUAUUAUUUAACAAGUGAAAUGUGAUGGCUUUCUCCUUUUUUAUUUGUAUAUAGUGUUUUUAAUUUGUUUUCAGUCUUUAUUAACAUUUAAUUUUUUUUAUAAAUAUGUAAGUACUUAAAGAUACCGGAUGUUAAAAAGCAAUAAAGUUUCUUGUUUGUUUACAAGUUUGGUCAAUUUACUACUAAGAAGUGAACUUUUUAAUGAGAAUUAAAUAUAUGUACAUU